GUAAAAAAUUUUUCUCAAUUGAUGGGUAUAAGAUUUUUAUUGGGUGCUUUUGAAUCUGGUCUUUUCCCCGGUAUCAUAUUUUAUAUUACAAAAUGGUAUAAGAGAUCUGAACGAGGUUAUCGAAUUAGCUUGUUUUUUGCUGGUGCUACAAUUGCUGGAACAUUUAACGGUCUUUUAGCAUUUGCUAUCACAAAAUUAGAUGGUAAAUCUGGUUUAAGUGGUUGGCAAUGGAUAUUUCUUAUUGAUGGGCUAGCGACAGUCAUUGUUGGACUUUUCUCAUACUUUUUAAUAUCGAAUUAUGCGGAAACCGCUACUUGGCUUACGGAAGAUGAAAGAAA